CCUGCGCGCAUUGGACGCAACCGAGGAGCCCCCUCCGCCCGGGCGCGCCAAGAGGACGGGGGUUAAAAUGAAUGAAGACCAGAAGGUCAAUGCCAGCGGGCUGCCUCGCGAUCACUUAGAAGCCGCCUCUGCGGAGAACGUGUCGGCUGCUGUCUCCUCGCAGACCCCUGUGGUGGAGCCCGAGCCUGAGCUGGUAGUCAACCCCUGGGACAUUGUCCUGUGCACCUCGGGAACGCUCAUCUCCUGUGAGAAUGCCGUCGUGGUCCUUAUCAUUUGCCAUAACCCCAGCCUGCGAGCCCCCAUGUUCCUCCUCAUAGGCAGCCUGGCUCUGGCAGACCUGCUGGCGGGGAUUGGACUGGUCAUCAAUUUUGUGUUUGCCUACCUGCUUCAGUCAGAGACCACCAAGCUGGUCACGGUCGGACUCAUUGUCGCCUCUUUCUCUGCCUCUGUCUGCAGCUUGCUGGCGAUCACGGUCGACCGCUACCUUUCCCUGUAUUACGCCCUGACAUACAAUUCGGAGCGGACAGUCACGUUCACCUAUGUCAUGCUUGUCAUGCUCUGGGGCACGUCCAUCUGCUUGGGCCUGCUGCCCGUCUUGGGCUGGAACUGCUUGCAAGACGAAGCCACGUGCAGCGUGGUCAGGCCGCUCACCAAGAACAACGCUGCUGUGCUCUCGGUCUCCUUCCUGUUCAUGUUUGCGCUCAUGUUGCAGCUCUACGUCCAAAUCUGCAAGAUCGUGAUGAGGCACGCCCACCAGAUCGCCCUGCAGCACCACUUCCUGGCCACGUCGCACUACGUGACUACCCGGAAGGGGGUCUCCACCCUGGCGAUUAUCCUGGGGACCUUCGCCGCCUGCUGGAUGCCUUUUACCCUCUACUCCCUGAUCGCAGAUUACAGCUACCCCUCGAUUUACACCUACGCCACCCUCCUGCCCGCCACCUACAACUCCAUCAUCAACCCUGUCAUCUAUGCCUUCAGAAACCAAGAGAUCCAGAAAGCCCUCUGGGUCAUUUGCUGCGGUUGCGUCCCGCCCAGCCUCUUGCAGAGAGCGCGGUCGCCCAGCGACGUGUAGCACCACCCCAUCGAGGAAAAGCACGGGCUCACGAAAUCCUGCAAACACCAAGCACUUUGCCCUG